AUGGAGGCCUGCAGCAGGCUGCCGCGGGCUCCGACAGGCGCGCACCUCGUCCCCAGGCCGCCCUGCUCGGCCCUGAGCCUGCGCCGCGCCGCCGCCAGGACGGCAACCGCGGCCGCCGCCGCGCUCCUUGGUCUGCUGCCUGCGGGCGCGUCCCGCGCGGCCGUCGCAGCGCUCGCCUCGGCCGCCGAGGGCGUGGGCUACGACCUGGAUUUUGACGGCGCGUCGCCUGAAGUUCUGGAGGUCAUGUUUGUGGUGGUGGCGACGUACUUUGGGCUCAUGGUGCUGUACAUAUGGCUGGCGUCCAUGAUCGACGAGGACCCUGACACCGCGAGCCAUGCUCAUGGCCACACGGCGUUCCGCAGCGGCGGGGCCGCCGGACGGCCGCACAACCCGCACCAGCAGGCGCAGCAGCAGCAGCCGAAGCAGCAGCAGCUGCAGGACCAGGAGCAGCUGCCGACUGGCUAUGCGCGCCACCUGCGCGCGCACAUCCGCAGCGCGCGCGAGCCGCGGCGCGGGCACGAGCUCGUUGUGCCGGCUACGUGCGAGGACGGGGGGCCGUGCAGCGUGGAGGGGGUGAAGGCGAAUCUGGCGGGGCAGGCGGCGGACUACGUGGCGCAGCAGGUCAAGGACUGCGGCUCCGUGGUGCGCCGCAAGCUGUACCUCCGUCGCAUGGCCGCCCAGGACGCCGCCCAGCUCAGCCCCCGCAGCGGCUUCGCCGGCCCCGGCGCCUCCCAGACGCCCGCGGCCGCAGCCGUGCACGCCUCGGGCGCGCUGGGGCUGGGGCUGCCCGGCCAGAUGGAGGCCUGGGUGGACGAUUGGCUGGACGCCUUGGGCCCGGCUGCGCUGGCGGCGGGCAGCGAAGACGGCCUCGUGCGCGCCAUCAUGGCCGAUGCAGCGCCCCGGCUUGCGGUGGGGGAGGUUUCGGAGCUGAUCAGGUCAACGAGGUCUGCACUCGACCAGCGCCAGAAGCAAGAUGACGCCGCCUUCCCGGGCUACGGGCUGUGGCCAUAG